UUUAGAACUCUGCGAUGGACCCAACUGAAAGUACCGAGAAUGGCAUGGAGAACAGUACAGCCAGUAGUGAAGAAUAUCUUUAUAUUUGUGACCAGGACAGUGUGGCCAGCAGUGUGGAUAGCACAGAAGAGGAAAUGUUUUUGAAUGGUCUUGACCCUGUUCUAGAUCGACCUUCAUUUGACAUUUACACACCAGAGGAGGACUGUGAUUCAGAGGUUAACAUACGGCAGAGAAAGAGAUCUCGUCUGUCUUCCACAUCUUCUACUGGAGGAGACAGCGUAUCAACAGAAAGGUGGUGUAGCUCAAAUGAAACCGAUGUUGAACUGCUUCAGCCAGACUUCACACCUGUCCAAGUACCUGGGCCAAAGUUUUUACCACACAAGUGUAGCAGUCCUCUGCAGUUUUUUCAGCUGCUGUUUCCCAAAAUAAUGAUGCAGUCUAUUGUAGGGCACACAAAUGUCUAUGGGACCAAGUGCAAAGAUGUGGGUGAGCGCUGGCACUACAUUUCUCUAAAAGACUUGAAGUCGUACAUAGGACUUGUAAUUUACACAGGACUUUUGAAGUGUUCCUCACUGACAGAAUAUUGGAGGGAAUCCCCCUACUUCAGUCCAUCCUUUCCUGCGCAAGUCAUGUCUUAUGAAGCAUUUGUGACAAUUGCCAAUACUCUUCAUUUCAGCAAUACCAAGGAGGAUAAGCAAAAUUACUCAAAGAAGGGAACAGCAGCCUAUGAAAGUUUAGGUAAAAUUCUACCUCUGUAUCAACGCAUUCGAGAGACCUGCAAGACCUAUUUUCAUCCCUUUCAAAACAUCACCAUUGAUGAAAGAAUAGCGGCACCACAGCCUAGAACUGGACCCAAUGCCAUGCAAAACAAAUCUACAGAUAGGGGGUACAAACUCUUUGCACUGACAGACUGCACCUGUGGUUAUACAUGGGACUUCUUUAUUUAUGAGGGGAAGUCAUGUGCGUCACAGAGUGAGGGCCUGAGCUAUGACACUGUUAUGGCAUUGUUGGAUGAAAAUCUGUUGGGCUCUGGGUACAAACUGUUUCUAGACAAAUUUUACACCAGCCCCACACUCUUCAGGGCCCUUCUGGGUAAAAAUAUCUAUGCUUGUGGUCCUGUUAUGCCAAGCAGGAAAGGUUUCCCAGAAAUCUUGGUGAACAGAUUGUCAAAGAAUGCUCCACGUGACACCAUGCGUUGGAUUAGGGAUGACAAUCUUCUCUUUGUUGAGUACAAAGACUCACAGGAAGUGCAGAUGUGCUCCACCUUCCAUAAAGCCUAUGAAGGUGAUACUGUGCAGAGGAAGGUGAAGGGUGAUGUACACCGGACCCUUGUAGAGGUUCCCAUUCCAGCUGUAGUUCUGGACUACUACAGGAAUGUGGGGACAGUGAAACCAUCCAAUUUCAUCACUGGACAAUUCAGAGUUCUACAUAAACCAAAGAAGUGGUAUCAGUGUGUUUUUUAUCACCUUUUGGACAUCGCCGUAGAGAAUGCAUUCAUUUUGCAUGAACUGGUCACUGAGAGAAAAAAACAAAAAGCUUUGACACGGAAAACAUUCCUUGAGACUCUUGUUUUAGAGCUUACAGAAAUGGAUGCUGAGAACAGGUCUGAAUCUGCACCAGUUUCCUUGGCUCUUCCCCUGGCUCCCAUCUCGUCUUCUCUUUCCACUCCUGUCUCUGCUCCUUCCACACCUCCGGAAUCAUCACUUCCUGAAGGAUCCCACAGGCCAAAGCACUUGGUGCCGGACAGUACUGUCGGUAGGCGCAGGUGCAAGCUCUGCCCACUGAAAACUCCAGUCAUGUGUGUGACUUGCGAUGUGCCAUUGUGCUUUCAACCAAAGCGUGAUUGUUUUAAUCAGUGGCAUGAAAACAAAGUGUUUAAUUCAUGAUGAAUUUGAACAGAUGUUUGUAUUUUUUUUGCUAAAAUGUAAAUAAAUAUGGGUAGUAUCUCUAA